AUUUGGAUGAUUUCUUACGUACACGUCCACUUCGGGAUACACCAGUUACUUGAAAUUCUUCAAGAGUUUAAUAAUAUUAGUAGCUGAAAUCUGACAGCAAAUUCAAUUUUGAACACUUACCUUUGCUAGCAGUGGUAUUCUGAGGCGUUUCCAUAGCUAUUGGAGCCAAAAUUUGGAUUUUUGAUUUUUUGUGAUUUGUUUUGUUCGUAAUUCGUUGCGUUCUAUUAAGAAAAUUUCGAUAGAAAACAUGUGAAGACAAACAAAAAUAUAGCGCAGGGUUACAUAGAAUACAAUAAUUUUUACUGUAUAAGCAAUUGGGUCGGUUAAUAUAAAACCUAAAUAAGGCAUAUUUUUUACAAUUAUUUUUUUUGCCAACAGCUUUUUCAUCAAAACAGUUUUAUUAUUUCAUGAAAAUUUUAAUUAUUUAUAUAAUAUAAAAGUAUAAAUAUUCAUGAAUAAUCAUAUAUCGGUCUAGUACAUUUUGUGCAACCCUGUAACGGCUGCAAAUUUGCUUAAAUAAUUGGCGCUUUUCCGCAGUUUGGAAGAAAACAAAGGAAAAGGUGUAAGGAAAUUUAAGCGUCUUCAAACGCUUGAAACAUAGAAAAUUGUAAACUCCACCUUUGUGUUAAAUCUGUGCUAAUCGCAAUAUAUAAAUAUUCAUCCUUUCAUUGUGGACUUUCUAAUAACACAAAACAGGAUGACAACGGAGACAACUCCUCAUCAGCAGCACCAACAACAGCAAAUCCGUAUAGCACUCUCGGAAAUUCCGAGCCGCUUGGAAGCUCUGCGUUUCGCAAGUGGAGGUGCUAUAACGCCUACAGCUACACCAAAUCGCCGCAGUCCCAAUGAGCCAACACCAGCAACACUAUUUAAUACACCGCAUCUUCUAGACAAUACUACAAAUGUAGCACUUUCUCAGGAUAACAUCUUAUCGCCAAUGCCCUCACCCGAUGAAAUGAUAAUUCGUCAACGUGGUCGGCGUCGUUUUAACAAUGCUUUAUCGCCUGAUGUAGGAAAUACGCCACUGCGUAUGCCAUUCCAACGUACACCAACAAAAGUACCAUUGAGUACCAGCAUGAUAUUGCGCAGCUCACCCCGUAAGCGUCUCACAAUGGGUAGUACACCGCCGGCGCCUGAACCACCAGUAAUGCCUUCACCAACAAAAGCCAAACAACAAUUAUGGCCACCGGGCACACCAAUGGCGAAAAAAAUACGUCUUGGCGGUGAAGAUGGUAACUGCGGUAAACCAAUUGCACAAAUGAAUGAAGAAACACCUUUACCAGUGUUGUUGCAAGGUAUGUCACAACAACAACUUAUUAAUUUAAUUGUUGGAGAAAUAGUUGCGGGUGACGCAAAAGCCGAGAAGAGUUUUCGUACACGACUGCCUAUGCCGGAUAUAAAUCCAUUAGAGGAGGAGUUGUUACAUGCCAAACGUCAAAUAUUUCGCUCGCUACCAACAUCACGUCUUUGUAAGAAAACCGAUAGUAGCGCUUAUUCACGUGCGUCUCUACAUCUCAGCGAAUUCAAGCGAUUGCUUACCGCACACACCAAACAACUGUAUGACUCGGGCAAUUGGGAUGCAUUGCUGGACUAUGUGACCAUGGCGUGGCCGAUUGUACGCGCCACACCGCAUUGGGAUAGCGCCACGCAUAAUGUGAUCCGUCGUCAAUGCUUCAAACUACUGGCAUGUCAUUGCAUUGCAGCGUUAAAGAACGGUGGACACCGUUUAGGCAUGGCACGUCUACACGAAACCGAACGAAAUUUGCGCGAAUGGACGCGAGACUACGAAGAUGUUCAAUCGUGCUUAAGCGCUUUGAACAAAACGAUUGCGAAAGGGCGCGCAACGCUAUAGUAUAUUCCUAAUAGUUUUACAAUAUGUUAUUGUACGAUUUUUUAACAAAAGACUUAAGAGCAUGAUUUUACAUAAUUUCUGUUUAGUAAUUUUAGAAAUUUUAGAAUUUUAAAGUUGCCAUUAAUUUCAUGUAUUUAAAAUAGUUGGUUAUAGCAAUUUAUUGUGAUCAUAAAGACAAGUGACAAAUACAAUCACAAAUUUAACAAAACCCAAAAUAUACCUACAAACUUUUAUGAAUAUAAGACCAUGUAUUGUUUUUACAUAUAGAUUAGUACGAAAUCACAUUUUUAUAUAUUGGUAUAUUCAAUCAUAUAAUCGCACCAGCUUAGUAUAUGUGUACAUAAUUAGUUGAAAAAAAUUUUACAACAUUUGUUUUUAAUAAAAACCAAUGAUAUAAUUCAUUGUUGUGCAUCUCUUUAAUCAAAAUUACGAACUUACACAUUUAGUCAUUUAUUAGCAGCCAUAUCACAUGCCGGUAGUAUAUUAAGCGUCAGCAAAAUUAGCACAUGUUUACACCUAAAUUCGGUAUUAUUAUUAUUAGUUAUUAUUUUUAAGUUUCAAAAUUUGUAAUAUCAAAUGUUUAUUAUACCAUGUUAGCUCUAGAAAAUAACGAAUAUAUACUCAUUUCUUAUAUUCUGGUAUACUAUUAUAGUUAUAUUUUCUGUGCAAAUCAUGUCAUACUGUUAUUUUAAAUAUGCUUUCACUUAGUAUUAAGCACUUUAUGCAGAGUUUUAUUAAUAUGAAUAUAAUAAAGCGUGUACAUUUUUACAAUUGAAAA